GAGAGCAGGGCAGGCAGAGAGCUACAGCAAUCCAAGAGAGACAGAAAAGUAGAGGAAGGAGAAGAGGAAGGAGAAGAAGAGGGAGAAGAAGGAGAGGAGGAGGAGCAACAGGUCAGCAGAGAGGAGGAGGAGAAGGAGUCAGUCCUUCUUUGUGUUUGACUUCAAACUUCCUGGAUUGAGUGUGAGCGUGAGCUGAGAGGAGGAAGAAGAGGGCAUGAGGAGGAGAGAGGCUUCCUCCGGCUGCUGGGAGGGUUAGGAGAAGGAAGGAAGGAAGUUAGAGACGAGCAGCUCCUCCUGGUGCACCCCCUCUUCCUCCUCCUCCUCCUCCUCUUUGUCGUGAAUGCUGCUUCUUCCUGGUGCGAGCUGAAGCAGAGACGCUCUGAGUGGACGCUGUCAGGAUGUCUCCACGCUGACCUCCCUGCAGAGCCCAGGUCAUGGAUCCGCCGCCUGAGGAGGAGACGCAGGAUGGAGGGGAGACGGGGACCUUCACUUCCACCUCUGCGGCCUCCUCUUCCUCCUCCUCCACGUCCACGGCGUCCCCCCCGCCCCCCAACGCCGAGCUGCCCUCAUCCGCCCCUGCAGCCCGCUGCCACCACAGCCGGACCUUCACCGGGCUCAAGAUCUUCUGCAGGAGGAAAGCUUUAGCGAAGUCGGGUCUGCAGAAUGUGGGGGGUCAGCCCAACGCUCUGACGUCUGCAGAAGGAGACCAGCCUCAGGAACCCAACAGCAUCGUGGACUGGAGCGAUAAUGCUCAGUUUGGGGACCAUAUCUGGUUUGAGACCAGCGGUUCUGGAGACUUCUGUUACGUUGGAGAGCAGUACUGCAUCGCCAAAUCUCUGCAAAAGUCCGUAGGGAGGAAGAAAUGUGCAGGAUGUAAGAUCUCAGUCCACACCAUGUGUAUGGAGCAGCUGGAGAAGAUUAAUUUCAGGUGUAAGCCGUCGUUCAGGGAACCAGGAUCCAGAGCUGUACGAGAGCCUAACGUGGUGAGACACCACUGGGUCCACAGGAGGCGCCAGACGGGGAAAUGUCGACAGUGUGGGAAGGGGUUUCAACAGAAGUUUUCAUUUCACAGCAAAGAGAUCGUCGCCAUCAGCUGCUCCUGGUGCAAACAGGCAUAUCAUAACAAGGUGACGUGCUUCAUGCUGCAGCAGAUUGAGGAGUGCUGUUCUCUGGGAGCUCACGCCGCCGUCAUCAUCCCUCCAACCUGGAUCAUCAGAGUCCGAAGAACACAGACGUCUCUGAAGUCGAGUAAAAAGAAGAAAAGGACGUCUCUGAAAUGCAACAAGUCAAGCAAGAAGGGAUCAGAGGUCCAGGAUGGCCGCUGGAAGCCCUUCCUGGUGAAGCCCCUCCCCUCUCAGCUCAUGAAGCCUCUGCUGGUGUUUGUGAACCCAAAGAGUGGAGGAAACCAGGGGGCAAAGAUCAUCCAGUCCUUCAUGUGGUACCUGAACCCUCGACAGGUGUUUGACUUGACGAAGGGAGGGCCCAGAGAGGGGUUGGAGCUUUACGCCAAAGUGCCCAACUUGAGGAUCCUGGCGUGUGGAGGAGACGGGACGGUGGGCUGGAUCUUGUCUGUGCUGGACCAGCUGAAACUCCGCCCUCAGCCCCCCGUGGGAAUCCUUCCUCUGGGGACGGGGAACGACCUGGCCAGGACCCUCAACUGGGGAGGGGGCUACACAGAUGAACCAAUCACAAAGAUCCUCUCUCACGUCGAGGACGGGAACAUCGUCCAGCUGGAUCGCUGGAACCUGAACGUGGAGCCGAACACCGAGGCUAGACCUGAGGACCAGGAUGAACACCAGACAGAUAAGCUUCCCAUCGAUGUCUUCAACAACUACUUCAGUCUGGGCUUCGAUGCUCACGUCACACUGGGCUUCCAUGAAUCCAGAGAGGCGAAUCCAGAGAAGUUCAACAGUCGCUUCAGGAAUAAAAUGUUCUAUGCAGGGACGGCGUUCUCAGACUUCCUCAGCGGGAGCUCCAAAGAUCUCGCCAAACACAUCAGAGUGGUGUGUGACGGCACUGAUCUGACUGCCAAAGUCCAGGAGUUAAAGCUGCAGUGUCUCCUCUUCCUCAACAUCCCCAGGUACUGUGCAGGCACGAUGCCGUGGGGUCACCCCAGCGAGCACCAGGACUUUGAGCCUCAGCGCCACGAUGACGGCUGCAUCGAGGUCAUCGGCUUCACCAUGACCAGCCUGGCGACUCUGCAGGUGGGCGGUCACGGCGAGCGGCUCCAUCAGUGUAAAGAGGCGACCCUGACCACCUUCAAGUCCAUCCCAAUGCAGGUGGAUGGUGAGCCGUGUAAACUAGCGCCCUCUAUCAUCCACAUCAACCUGAGGAACCAGGCUAACAUGGUGCAGAAGGCCAAGAGGAGGAUCUCCAUGCCUCACCUCAAUGAUCAGCAGCCGAUCCCGGAGAAGCUUCAGAUCCGAGUGAACAGGAUCAGCAUGGCGGCGUAUGAAGCUCUGCACUACGACAAAGACCAGCUGAAGGAGGCCUCGACGCCGCUCGGUGUGAUCACCGUCCCCGGAGACAGUGACCUGGAGACCUGCCGCCUGCUGAUUGAGCGUCUCCAUGACGACCAGGACCAGGACGGCGAGGAGAUGAGGGGAGAGAGCGUGUCGGCUCAGAAACUCUCUAUGAAGUGGUGUUUCCUCGACUGUACGACUGCAGAUCGUUUCUACAGGAUCGACCGCGCUCAGGAACACCUGAACUACGUCACAGAGAUCUGCCAGGACGAGCUCUACAUCCUGGACCCGGAGCUGGUCCUCAAAGAGACGGUGGGGACCUCUCCGGGGAUGCCCGACCUGGUGGACUCUGAGGGACACGCCGAGCAGCAGAGACAGUUCGCCUUCCCGUGCUCGCCGUCCUCGCCCACCACGCCGUCCUCGUCCUCCACCACACCCAGGGCGAGGGAGUGUCAGAGGAAGAGGAUCUCCAGUGACAGCUCAGUGGCCGACGUUCUCUCUGAGAGCUCGUCAAAGACCGCCCUCUGCAGUCCUUCCAGUGCUACCUCACACGACCCAGAAAAAGAUGCUGAGUUAAUAAACUGCAUCAAGACUGAAGACCUGAACAGACUGACGGAGCUGCACCAGCAGGGGGCGGACCUGCUGCUGCAGGACGCCGCCGGCUGCACGCUGCUGCAUCAUGCCGUGGAGGUCGGCAGCAAAGAAAUCCUCAAGUACCUCAUCGACAACGUGCCCACUUCUCAUCUGGAUAUAACAGAGAGAGAAACUGGGGAGACGGCGCUCCAUAAAGCCGCCUCCUCCUGUCAGAGGAGCAUCUGUCACUACCUGGUGGAGGCGGGGGCGUCGCUCAUGAAGACAGACCUACAGGGUGAAACUCCCAAACAGCGUGCUGAGAAGGCUGAUGACCGGGAGCUAGCCGACUAUCUGGAGAACCGCCAACAUUACCAGAUGAUCCAGAGAGAAGACCAGGAGACGGCGGUGUGAAGUCCGUCCUGUACCUCCAAGACUUCUGUCUCCACGUCUUUGGUUUCAUCUUUACCUCUCUACUCAAAAACAUUGAAACAGAAGGAGUAACGUCUGAUUCAUCUCCACAGACCGGCUAAAUAUCAGAGAGAGCUGAAGGAAGGUGGACCCAUCAACAUUUCCUGUUCAUCUCCAGAGCUGGGCACAUCUCUGUUAAUCCGUUAUUUACUGAUGUUAGGUUUUUUUUAAUUGAUUUUUAAUAUGGAUGUUAAUUUAAAUAAGGGUUUAAAAACCUUUAACUUCCUUUAAAUUUAGUUAGAAUCAUUUUAAGUCACAGCAAAGCAAAAAGAACAAGGUAGGCAGCAUAGGCAGGCUGUGUUUAUGUUUCUAACGUCUGGUUUGGUGACGCUGCCCGGUCUGAUCACUCUCAUUGGCUGUUAUGUGUUUUCCACUCCAAACAUGUUUAAUAUUUAGGAUUCAAGGUCAGGGGGUCUGGGGUGAUAGGGAGCAGUGAAAUAAACGUAUUUACGCUGCAGGGUGAGAGUUUAUUUGGACAAAUCACUGUUUAAAACCAGCCCAUAAUUAGGACAUGCCCCAUGGGGAGGAAUCAGACCAGACGUUGGACUUUCUCCUCGUUUCCACAUACAUAUAUGACUGAAGUCUCUGUAAGCCUAAAUACAUGAAUGUUACCUCCUAAUGUCCAGCAGAAGAAAGUGCACUUCUUCAGGAUGUUCUGAGUCCUGAUAGAAACUACCCGUAGCCAUGGGGAGAGGACAACUUUGGCAGUUUUUCACUGUUUAGUAGUUUAGGGAAUUUCCUAGAUGAAAAAUAUAAUACCAUCAAAAACCUUCUUUUAGAAUUUAAAUGAGGCUGGUGGACUUCCUGUUGGGAUUUGGGUUUGGAUCCCAGAGGCUUUUUUGUAGGUCUAAUCAUGAUGCAUAUACAGACAUCACAGGCCUAGGCUGAAUGGUCUGCAGGGGCUGACUGUUUGAAAUGAUUGAGGAGGAAAACAGCAGAACUUAGAUGAAGAAAUUGUCAUUUGGCAGCAGGGGGCGCUGUUAUAAAGUGAUGGUAUUAAUGCAUCAAUGUAUUCAGGCUCAGUGUUUGAUGAUCCCAGUGAAGUUUGGUGAAGACUGAUUGAAGCAUUGCAGAGUUAUGUAAAAUUAAUGUUCCUGGGACUCUGCAGAAAAAGUACAAAAAAGUAGUCCACCUUUGGGCCCCGACCACGGCCCCCCCUACAGUGAAAACUCACGAUUAGCACAACUUAAGAUCUCCAUCUUCUCAAGAACAAGCAAAUAAAAUCUGAAGUGAAUCAGAUAAAAUCCCUCUGAAGAAUUCAUGAAGAAGUGAAAGCUGUUCAUCGGUGACAACAGUCAACAGUCUGUUCCUGUACAUUUUAGAGCUGGGUCCAUUUUUUCAUCUUGACCUGAUACAGAAGUGCACUAAUUUUCAUGCAUGAAGGUCUUACCCAGGCCCCCACUGAUUUCUGGGAUACCCAUGGGGCCCCUGUGUGAAGGACUUGCAUGAAACCACCACCACAUGGGAGGAGAAUUUGUGGAGAAUUUUGUGGAACAUUUGAUGAGUUUUGGGGUGCUAAGGCCCAAAUCAGCGAUGCCAAAAUUAAACACCUUCACUGUCAGUGGGGUCCUCACUCUGAGGGCGGUGCUGGGGCCCUCAUGAAUGAACUUCUGCUUAACUAGCAUCCACAACUGUUUGUAAGUGGAAACGUUGGGCCUAGGUCAUCUACUGUUUACUCUGCAGUGUAAGGUUUUAACUUUCCCCUUUACCUCUGCUAAUUUUGAGCAGGAUUAUCAUGUGAACUGUUAUCGACGCUAACACCUUUCUCAGUGGAUUAACAGAUUAACGGAGCUGAAUUAUCGAUCAACGGUGCCCACCUCUGGUUGUUCCCCAAAAUUCUUACAUCAACCAGAUGACCUGAUGUUUCUCAAUGGUUGUGGACUUUUUAAACCACCUCUGUCCUCAGCUGGAGUCCAAACUAAAGACCAUAAAAUCCUUGGGACACUACGGUGAAUUCAAACUGGCGUGUUGGGGCCACAGUGGCGCUCAGAUCUCCUUCAAACAGCUUUAUGAAUGCGUCUUUAUGGACUCUGCAUUAGCGCUCUGACCUCUGUGUUAAUGACAAAGAUGUGUGUACACAAAGUGCUGCUGAAGUCGAACAACAGCAGCUGUGAGCAAACAGGGACUGUAUUCAUCCGUCUGCAGCUGAACGCCAUGGAACUAGAAGCUUCUGCCAUAUCAGAUAGAACGGCUGCAAAAAUGUGUCUUCUUCAAGCUUAUAGCGACCUUUUGGAUGUAUUUGUUUACUCGCCAGAAUAAGUGUUUGAUAUUUAACGUAGGCACACAUGAAUCCACCUAUUUAUGAAUUAUUUGUAGAGAUAUAAACACGUUUUACUUGUGAUCACACGGAGCGGCGAGUUUCCUCUGCUUCUGUCUGAUUUUAGAUAUUUUUGAGUCCAUAUGAGAUUUCUGUCUGUUACGUAACGUUAAAGCGAAUGGCUGCUAGCGGGACGCUUUCAUUGUGGCGUGUGUCGACUGUACAUAGCUGUUGGAAGUUUGAACAGAAGCUGAAGCCUGAUUCUGCCAAAGCCUUUAGUCUGUAUUAAUGAUAAUAUCAUAGCCUUCAGAAAGACUUCCUAGCAUCUGAUAUCGCAGUAAUAUCUGAUUUUGUUUGGUUUGAACAUUUCUGAGUGACCUGCAAUAAAAGCAUGUCAGUUACAACUUCCUGUGAGGACAAUCCUGUUAUUUACAAGGGGGAGUGUUAG